CCCCCGGAGUUUCCCCCUUUGAUGACAGUCAAGUAAAACGUAAAUACGCCAGUGCGAUGGUUGUUGCUUUUCACAUUUUCCAAGUACAAAGGUAAACAAUCCCACUGCCCUUUAGACCUCGUUAGAGAUCUCGGUGCGCUGAGCUAGAGUCGUGGGAUCGAUGGACACGCAGUGGACUGAGAUAGAAAGAGGAGUUAAUAGAUAGGUGUAAGUCAAGAUGGCUGAGAAGCCUGAGAAGGAUACUGUGAUCCGAACACUGCUGGCAUCAGCUCCCCAGACCUUAUCUCUCUCACAGCCCAGCACUCCAACACAGUCACCACACAAGCAGGCUGGGAAUUCAGGUGUCAUUCACCCGUCCUUCCGUCGGCCAAGUUCAGCAUCACGACCCACUUCUCCACGUGCUCUGGGGUCCUCACACUCAGAAUCAGACGCAAGGAUGAAGAAUUCUGGGGAUCCACAUGCGAGGUUCACAUCAAUGCUCAGACUGGCCAGUGGGCAGGUACGGGAUGUAGAGGAAAGUGAGCCAGAUGUUGUGCUGAUGGAUCAUGCUUAUGCUCGGCCGUGGAAUUGGCGGCCAGAAGCCUCACAUGCACGACCCAGGAAGAUGCUCUUCAUGUCAAAAUCUUCUCGGCAAAACCGCAGCAGUCAUAGCAGUUAUGAUGAAAUAAUUGACGUGGACUCGGAGCCAUCUCCUCCACCCCCACUGCCUUAUGAUCUGAAUAAGGCCCAGCAGGUGAUGAGUGAGUGUGAGCGCCAUGUGGUCUUCGCCCGUCUUGACCAGAUCAAGGCAGAGGUUCCCCACCAGGAGAAGGAGGUGCCCGAGGAGGAGGAGGAUGAUUGGGAAGAGAAGAUACCAAAGAUUGGAUGGACAGAACCACAGAUGGCCCUGUUUAGCAAAGUUGUACAGAUCCUCGACUCUGACAGGCUGGCACGCCUCAGUCUCAAAGAUGCGGAUAAUGAACCUGUCAAGAGGAGGGCGCAAGUUGACAAGACAGCGGCAAAGUUCAGACAGGCUUUAGCAAGAGUGAACUGGGACUCCAAGCUGACCCAGUGGCUGCAUUCUAUCCUUCUCCAGUACCUGAGUCUUCCUUACCUGGCUGCCUAUCUUGACAUCCUCCAGACCCUUAAGUCCAAAAUUCCAACCCUGGUGGAUAAGAUGGUGGCCCUAAGUAGCACCCACAGAGGAGCCAGCGUGGAGGCCCUUAACCUCCUGUUGAAGAGACCGUGGGACCCAGCUGUGCCCUCGCUCAAUCAACACAAGCCGCGUAAACUGGAAGGGUCUGCAAUCAUCAUACAAGUUCCAAGUGGUCCCCCCUCAAGCAUCCCCCAGGCACCGCGGAGAAUACGUUUCUUCAAUGCACAGCUCCACCACAUGGCCAAGACUGUUCCAGUCAUGAUUACACCAGAGAGCAAUGAUGCUAGUACUGUGCUGGAGCAGAUACUGUCUGAAGUGCGAGCACGGGUGGUGGAGUGCAAAAGCCAGUACCCCAAUAGUCCCAUUGUGCUGCUGGGCUGGGGCAUCGGGGCUGUCAUUGCGUGUCAUGUGUCCAUGCUAGAGAUGGUGACGGCAAACAUCUGCCUUGGAUUUCCAGUGACAGGUGCAACGGGCAAGCGAGGGGAAGCAGAUGACCCACUGCUGGACAUCCGUACCCCAACUCUCUUCAUCAUAGGAGAGAAGGCAUCAAAUGUCAGCGUGGAUGACAUGGAGGACAUUCGCAUGCGUCUGCGUGUGGAGACAGGGCUGGUAGUUGUAGGGGGAGCUGACUCACAUCUGCGCCUCUCAUGCCAGAAGCGGCACAUGGAAGGUGUCACACAGUCCAUGGUGGACAGGUGUAUUGUUGAUGAAAUUGGUGACUUCCUCUCUCACCUGCUGAGUGAAAGCAGUGGCAGCUCAUCUUCAAUUUACAGCCCUUGUCCCUCCCACAGUCACUAUGUGACUUCAUCCACUGUCUACCCACACUCCUCAGUCACCUCCUCCUUCACCAACCCCCUCCCUCCCAAGUCACAACGCAAGGAAGGGAAUCGCAAAAGGAAGACAUCCACAGGCAGUUCCCUGGAUGGCUCUGCACCUCCUUCCCCUGCUAAGAUAUCCAGACCAAGCACACCCAUCAGCCUGAUGGGAGGUAGCCUGAAGAUUCCAGUGGGCGUUUCAGCUCUGUCAUCACCGGGCCUCGCAUACAGCAGUGGUGACUCAUCCCACACAACUCCAAGCACCUCUCCCUACCACCCUUCAGCGAGCCAUACCCCCCACAGUGAUGGUUCCUCAGCCUCCAACCCUGGAACGCCCCGAACCACAGGUGGUAAAUACAAGUUGACAAGUCGCUCUUUGAUGGGGAAAAGACGACCGCUGCCGUGCCCGAAAAGUGCCAUCCGUAAAAAAGGAGCAUCACAAAAUAUCUCCGGCAGCAACAGCAACUCCCUCAAGCGCAAAUAUACACGCAAGUUGGAGUCACGCCGUCAGCCAAAGAUGAAGAGUCUGACCCCAGAGCUGUCCUCCCUCUCCUCCUCCUCGUCCUCUGCUUCUCCUUCUGCAUCUGCAUUUUCUGUAGCUGCUUCAGGAGAUGCUUCAGUUUCAUCAGGCACACCGGAUGACACCUCUCCAACGAUAACUAGGGCAGUGGUGGGGGGGGCCACAAGAGACUCCUCGGGGAACUCCCACCCAACCUCCCCUGUCCCGUCUGCCAGCACAUCUCCUGUGGCCACUAUCCCCCUGGGUACUCUGGCCCCCCUCUCUCGGCAGAAGUACCAGAGGAUCCUGCAGCUCUCGGCAUCACCACAGGAUGCUCCUUCUCCUUCAGCCCCCACCAGCCUCACCCCUUCCACUCUACCACCAUUGGAUUCUACCACCACAUUGAACACCACAACCACCACCACUGCCUCCACCAUCGCCACCACCACUAUCACCAACAUUUCCUCCCCAAGGGGACUUUUCACCGUCCUUUCUGCUCCAGCCAACCCUCCGUCUUCCUCGGCCUCAGGUGGUGGGUGUAGCAAAGAGUUCAAAGUGCCUUAUCCAAGGCCGGCACCAAGGAGUCGUUUGACAAAGUGUAGGCUGCGUAGAAAGGAGGAGAUGCCCGAAUCCAAUAUGCCCCCUUGCAUCCCCUUAGGAGCCCCUGGGUUGUCCUGGGAAUUUGAUUGUGAUAGUCAGGACCUUACCAGUGAAGAUUACAGGUCGCAGUGUAUGCCAGUAGGUAGAUUUGCUUUUUCAUCAUAUUCAGAGGAGCCUGGGUACAGUUGCCAUUCAGAGACGGUUACAAAGAUGGAUGAUGCAUCCUUCUUUCCCAUGUCUCCCAGAUCAAACAGAGUAGAGCAGCAGUCCAUUAUUAUUGACCAGACAACAGGGUUUUCUUAUCGCAUCCUUGGGGAACCAGCUAGUUCACUGGGGAAGGAGGGGAGGGAGUCAGCUUCAGCAGGUAGGCAUUCUUCUGUCAUAAAGAAAGAAAUAGGGAGGAAAGGAGGAAGGGAGGAGGAUGUGACGGACAUCUUGGAUAAAGGAACAGCUUUGGUUGAGGAUGAUGCACAUUUACUGCUAUGGUUAGAGCAAGAGUGGGAGAAAGGGUAUGACAAAGAUCUGUUCAAUAUCUCGGGCACUCUUCCUUCUCAGUUCACAUUAAAUAGAGAAAUAGAACAUUACCUGGAGUCAAUUAGCAGAAACUCUGAUGCUUCCUGUGGUGCCUAUGGUGGCAGUUUUGUUGAUGCUCAUAGCCAUAUUAAUGGUACCUGUGAUGCCAGUCUUCUAGACUGCCCAAGUCAACACCUUAAACUUGCUGAUUAUAACUCAAAUGAAAUUUUUGAGAAAAAUACUAAGGAAAGAGAGACCAAGAAACUCUCCUUUUUUGAUUCUGAUUACAGUUAUGAUAUAUUUUCUAAUGAUUUAUUUUCCUAUCCUGGCAUGUCAGAUGCCUCAACUUUCGACACUAGUGGCAAGUCUAGCUCUUCCUCCACCACCUUAGAGCCUACCAAUGAUGGCUGCCCAAUCCUGCGUCAGAGACUUAGUGACACCCCCAGUACCAACACACACAGCGGAAGUGGUAGCAGCAGCAACAAUGGCAACAGCAACAGCACCAGUAGGACCAUUGGAGGAGGAGCAGGAGUAGGGGCAGCAGGUGGUCUAAUGUUAAGCAGUUUGACAGGAAAACUGUUAAAGGAAACACCUCCAAUGUUCUCUCCUACGACUGCUGUCACUACCACAGGGUCACUUGCUACAGUCAUCACCACAUCACCUAAUGCAUCUGAUGUGCAGGCCAGGAAGAUCGUGGGUAGCACCAUAGUCACACCUGUGGGCUGGAACAAGCGUGGUCGGCCAUCCACCAAGUCCCGCCCAAUGCUCCACACUCUCACUACCACCACCACCACCUCCACCACCAAACUUACAUCGGAUACUUCCAAGGGUCUGGCGAUGGGUGCAUCCCUGAGCAGCAUCAUGGGGCUGGGGGCACCUACUGCCGCAGGCACACAGGCAAAUGGGAAGAGCGGCGUCAUCAGUGUGAAUGGCAACAAGAUGGCCUCCCCCAUCACUACCUCCAUCCUGCUGUCCACAAGUGAGGUGGUCACAGACAGCCAGGCUGCUUUGAGAGGAAGUUCUGUGAGCCCUCGUGGUGGUGGUGCAGGAGUAAGGGUGUACUCAGGCAGCCCCAAGACAUCAGCUGCCUCCUUCCUUUUGACUAAUGUGACUUCUGCAUCCAAUGUGAGGAUGGCAAGUCCUUCCAUGGUCAUCACCAAUACCUUGGGUGUUCCUGCUGGAGGCUGUGCCACAAGUGCCUCCACAGAGCCCUUAUCCCUUAGUAUGGGCUCGGUUGUGGUGAGUGCAGGGGGUGUGAGCAAUAAUGGGGGAGGCAUGGUGGGUGGAAGUGGUAGGGGGAGGGUCAUCUUGACCUCCAGUCCUCGUCUUGUGCGCCCUCUCAUGGCCUCCCCCGGUAGCCGCCCCAUUGGCAGCACCCGCAUGCUGAAUGCGACCACUGCCUCUCGCCCCACCGUCAUGUUGGUCACCACGGCCACACCUGGAGCUGCAGCAUCCCCCUCCAGUGCAACCCCAGGUACCCUCACCACCAUGGCCCUUACACCUGCCACCAAUGUCACAUCUCCCACACUCAUGGCCUCAAGCACCCCCAUGACAUCCUCUACCAUCCUGGCAGCUGUUUCCAAGUCACCUACCAACUCAGCUGUUCUGGCACAGUCAAAGUCAAGUCCCCUCACACUUGCCACCUCCACAUCGCUGCUGCCAAAGAGUAUGACUGCACAGGCAGCUGUGUCCCCAAAGGGUCUUACCACUGCCCCAGCCACUACCACAAGGCCUUCUGUGGUGCCAGCAGGUGAGUUGGCUUUGCUGGUGGCAGCAUCAGAGAUGAGUGAGCGGGCCAGGAACCCUGUGUCACCCACCACCAUGGCCACUGAAGCCAGUAUUCACAUCAUUAGUUCAGUAGACUCCUCUGGAUCUCAGCCAGAAGUUGCAGUCACUUCUUCAGCAUCCACAUCACAGUCCUCACCUUCAGCAUCCACAUCUGUGGCAGACAAAAAUUGCAGCAGCACUGUCAGCAAAACUAGUGACACAAAGAAAACAGUAGUGACCAGUAGCCAACAGCAGGUACCAUCAACAUCCCAAGCCAGCACUCAGUGUAUUCCUGGCACUGCCACUACAACCACCACCACCACCCCUACGACCACUACAGCUGCCCGCACCACUGAGUCUUCAAGCAGUAGUAGCACCUCCUCUAAAACAUCACAGCAACAGCAGCAGCAAGGCAUUGUGACUAGGACAUUUACCCUGAGUGGAGGAAUCAGUCUAAGGUCAAGGCGGAGCAGCGGGCCUCUGGUGGUGGAGCUGGACAGCGGACGGCAGAGUAAAUCAUCGGGCACCGGGACCUCAUCAUCCUCUAAGGGUUCUGCUCUUCGCAAGGGCCGAGGAAGGGGGCGUGGUCGGCCAAGGUCACACAUGUAGACAGGUAGAAUCUGUUAAUGUAUGGUCUUUGAGUGUGAGAGAGAGAAAAUAGAACUUCCCUGAUAGUGUGAAUGUGCAUGUGAAUGGUUUUAGAUGAAUAUUUAAAAUGGAUAUAGUAUGAUAUUAGACUGAAAACCAGCAAGUUCUAUAGCUAAUUGGUGGCCAACAGUCAAGAAGGAAAAUGUACGUAAUUCAUUCUAAGGAAGGCAGUACAUUGUUUAUGGAUGUAUGUGUGUGUCUGUCUGUCUGUCUGUCUGUAUUUUUUAUGAAAAAGAUGUGGAAAUUUGACUUUGUGUAUUAAAGUGCAGAAAACUACUGUAGUAUACAGUUUUGGCACUCCUGUUCAGCCUUAACAAUCUUACAUCUGUUCAUUAAACAAGGAUUAUAUCAUCAUCUGUGUUAGUUGUAUAGCAUAACAUUAUGCAAAUUUUUAUAUUAAUCUAAUGUAAUUGUGCCAACAAGGUUGGUGUCAUAGUUGUAUUAUCACUUGUAAGUGCAAAUAUAAAAUUUGUUUUGAAAAUGAACAAAUAUAUUGUUAAAUAGUUACUUUUUGUGUAACUGGUGUUCAUAAAAUGUUUAAGUUAUAA